CUGGAACCGGACAGGCGGACAGUGUCCUCCCAUAGUUCGACUAGCAUCGCAAGAAACGAUAAACCCGCUCCUCUCUAUCAAGUCUUUUUACUUUUCCGUCCCGUUCCGACGGCACGACCGUUAAAGGAGCCGACAAAGCUCACCACCAGGAAGAAAAACAAAAUUCUUGCUAAAAGAAGUUACAUCUCUAUGCAAAAAUACACAUAAAAUUUAUUCAUUCAAUUUUUUGAAAUCAUGUUACUAAGAAACAAGAGAAUUUCUACUCUGAAAAUGAGCCUUUGAACGUUAUACUACACGCCAGACCAGUUAUUGCAGAGAAGGGUGCCAACCACUUCCGACUACCUCGCCGGCGACAAAAGCAGAGCAAGGUAAACUGUACACUUUCUUGACAAUAAGCCAUAGCUCAGCCUAAGCAUGGUAUGUUAGGGCAUUUCGCUCAAUAAUAAUGUGAAACCUGAAACCCUAGCUAGGGUUAGAGGUAGGGUAUUGCCGUUAAGGAUUCAAAUCCGUGCUCGAGUGCAAUGGGGAACUGCUGCAGAUCUCCGGCGGCUGUGGCUAGAGAAGAUGUGAAGUCGUCUAACUUCUCCGGCCACGAUCACGGCAAGAGGGACAGGUCCAGCGCUGGAGCCAAGCAGAAGCCUAUCAGUGUGCUGACGAACGUGAAGAAGGAGAACAUUGAAGAUAGGUAUCUUGUUGAUAGGGAACUGGGGAGGGGCGAGUUUGGUGUGACUUACUUGUGCAUCGAUCGCGGCUCCAAGGAGCUAUUGGCUUGCAAAUCAAUUUCCAAACGGAAGCUUCGGACAGCAGUGGAUGUGGAUGACGUGAGGCGAGAGGUGGCUAUAAUGAAGCAUUUGCCAAGAAAUUCGAACAUUGUGAGCUUGAAGGAGGCUUGCGAGGAUGAUAAUGCGGUUCAUCUGGUGAUGGAGCUUUGUGAAGGAGGUGAGCUUUUUGAUAGGAUUGUGGCACGUGGUCACUACACAGAGCGAGCUGCAGCUGCUGUUACUAGAACAAUUGUGGAGGUUGUGCAACUCUGCCACAAGCAUGGAGUGAUCCACAGGGAUUUGAAGCCUGAAAACUUCUUGUUCGCAAAUAAGAAGGAGAAUUCACCUCUGAAGGCUAUUGACUUUGGGUUGUCAAUCUUCUUCAAGCCAGGUGAAAGAUUUUCCGAAAUUGUUGGAAGCCCAUAUUAUAUGGCUCCCGAGGUGCUAAAGCGAAACUAUGGGCCUGAAAUAGAUAUAUGGAGUGCAGGAGUGAUUCUGUACAUAUUACUAUGUGGGGUUCCUCCCUUUUGGGCUGAAUCUGAACAAGGUGUGGCCCAGGCUAUUUUACGCGGGGCAAUAGAUUUCAAACGUGAACCGUGGCCAAGUAUUUCAGAGACUGCCAAAAAUCUCGUGAGGCAAAUGUUGGAGCCAGACCCCAAGCUUCGACUAACUGCAAAACAAGUAAUUGAGCACCCUUGGAUCCAGAAUGCCAAGAAGGCUCCAAAUGUUUCUCUGGGAGAUGUUGUGAAGUCAAGGCUGAAACAGUUUUCCUUGAUGAAUAGGUUCAAGAGAAAGGCUUUGAGGGUUAUUGCUGAUUUUUUGUCCAAUGAAGAAGUUGAAGACCUCAAAGAAAUGUUUGGAAAGAUCGAUACUGAUAGUGAUGGUAUUGUUUCAAUUGAAGAAUUGAAAGUAGGACUUUUGAAGCUCAAUCCUCAGCUGGGAGAAUCUGAAAUACAGAUGCUUAUCGAGGCUAUUGAUUCUAACGGAAAAGGGACCUUAGAUUAUGGAGAGUUUAUUGCGGUUUCACUCCAUUUACAAAGAAUGGCUAAUGAUGAACACAUGCGCAAGGCUUUCGCUUACUUUGACAAGAAUGGGAAUGGUUACAUUGAGCCUGAUGAGCUUCAAGAUGCUCUUAUGGAGGAUGGAUCAGAAGAUUGUACAAAUGUAGCGAAUGAUAUCUUCCAGGAAGUUGACACCGACAAGGAUGGUCUGAUCAGCUAUGAAGAAUUUGCAGCAAUGAUGAAAACAGGAACAGAUUGGAGAAAGGCUUCUCGGCAUUACUCACGAGGGAGAUUCAAUAGUUUGAGUGUAAAGCUAAUGAAGGACGGUUCUCUUAACCUGGGGAAUGACUGAAGAGAUCAUCAUCAUAUAUAGCUCCCACUUUUACAUGAUAUUAUUAUGAUUAUAAUGGGUGCAAUUCUGUGUAUCAUAGUAGAUAAUCUCAUCAACUAUUUGUUGCGCUCCCAUUGUUUAUAAAUGAGGGGUUCAUUUAGAGUGUUGGUUUGUCAGGAUCAUUGAAGAAAUGACUAAUCUUCUCAGCCUCUUCAUGUUUGUGAAUUCAGUAGAACGGAUAGUGCUUUUUUAGUGGUUUGAUCCACAUUCCUUGUAUGAUCCUCCCCCCAUAUUUGGAUGCUCUCUCUUGCUUACAAGCUUAAAUCAGAAUCUUCAACG